AUGGAUACCUAUGAUUUAAAUAUAGAUGAUAUAAAAAACAAAACAAAUGAUAAAAUAAAAAUACUUAUCGUUAAUUCACCUCAUAAUCCAUCAGUAUAUCCAUAUACAUUUAUAUGUUAUACUUAUGCGAAAACAUUAUUAAAUCCUGGUACUCGAUUGGGAUGUGUAGCAUUAUCAAGUAAAAUGCCUUUAGAUUAUCGUUCAUCAUUUCGUACAUAUUUACCUCAAACAAUAAUAAUGAAUGGAUAUAUGGUACCUGAUUGUGUAACACAAUAUAUGAUACAGGAUAUAGAAACAUUAUCUAUUCGUAUUGAUAUACAACGUAUGGAAAAGAAAUUAAAUAUGAUGUUAAAUAUAUUAUUAUCUAUAGGACAUAAAAUACCUGUAAAGCCACAAGGAACAUUUUAUAUACUUGUUAUGUCACCUUUAGAAGAUGAUCAAGCAUUUUUUCGUCUAUUCGCAAUGAACACGAAUGACAUCUGUAUUACAUAG